GUUCGGGUUAACCUGCAGUACGAACAGUCGGAUGUUAUUGCAUAAAUGUGGCCUAUAUAUAUAUACGAGGAGGUCCAUUUCCCUCCACAAGUGUCGAACAAGCAAAGUUGUUUCAGAAUGAAGGGACUGGUGCUCAUCUUGGUGCUCGGCGUCCUCGCUGUCACAGGAGUGUCAGCUCGGGAAGACGAGGACCUCCGCGUACUCGCCAAAUUCACCGUGAGAACCGCUAUUGUCAUGAGCACGCUGACGUCUACGGUGCCUUACACGUGUUAUCGGGACCUCAACACUCAGAUCUGUCGUGGAAGGAGACUUCGACGAUUUGUCAAGAUGGACGACAUCGACGCUGAGAAGUUCGAUUCCUCGUCCCUCGACGGGUCUCAGGUCGAUUCCGUCGGAGAGCUGGAGGAGCUGGAGCGCGAAGUAAGAGCUGCCGACGACGAGGACGACUUGAACGCGAGGGACGGGCGUUUGGCCAUCACAGUGUGGUCGACCACCUCCUCCACCAAGACUAUUACUUCGACUUCCGUCAACUCUUCGACCACCUUCUCGCUCUCCUACUACUGUACGGCUUCUGGUGCUCCGCUGGCUCCCUCCUGCUGAGCGUCGCCGUCUGCGCUCCGUGGCUUUCGUGGACGAGCACUGCUGAGCGGCACUCACACCUCGCUCAUUUGCUCUGCUUUCUGCCGUUGUCGCUUCUCUUGGUCUCUGCUUCGUUCGGUUUCUAGUCUUCUCUUCUCUCUCUCACUCUCUCUCUCUCUUCCGUUCAGUGGGUGUAGUGACGUGUCUCAUUAUAUUAUUUUUGUGUUCGUAUUUUGUACCAUGCUACUCUGAUGUUUUAUUCCCACUUCUGAGUGGCGGAUUGCUUGACUUUGAGUUGUUUUUUAUUUAUUUUACGCAAGGGUCAUAUUUGUAAAU